GCGGAAAUCCCGGCGUUUCCUUGAGGCCCCUGAGCACCCGGCGGGCACUAACAUGCUUUACUUAAACGUCCCAUAGAGUAACUAAAGCUGAGGAGAGGGAAACCCGCGCCCCGGAGGCAAACAACUCUUUCGGAAGAAGGCAGAAGAUGUCCUGAGACGCUAAUGAAGAUUAACGCCCUGGACGUCAGCAGCCUAGACGUGCGGGAGUUGCUAUCGCCUCGACUGUUGGUAGAGUUUUGGCUUUGGGAGAAUCAGAAUGACUAAAAAAAGGAAACACCAAGAAGAUUUCCAGAAAGUGAAAUUAAAAGUUGGGAAAAAAAAGCCUAAACUAGAAAAUGCAACUGAUACCACUUUCAAAACAAAGGCCAUACAAAUUCCUGAACAACUUAAAGAAGAUGGAAUGCUUUCUACACAAAAUAGGAAGCUUAACAUAAAGGAUCUGCUUUCACAGAUGCACCACUAUAGUGCUGGGGUUAAGCAAAACGCUCUUCUUGGGCUCAAAGAUCUUCUGUCUCAGUAUCCAUUUGUAAUUGAUGCACACCUUUCAAGUAUAAUAAGUGAAGUGGCAGCUGUGUUUACAGACAAAGAUUCUGGUGUUAGAGGAGCAGCUGUUCACCUGCUUCAGUUCUUGGCCUCAAAAAUAAGAGCCGAACAGAUUGCUCCGUUUUUUCCUUUGGUAAGUGCCCACCUCUCCAGUGCCAUGACUCAUAUCAGUGAGGGAAUUCAGGAAGAUUCAUUGAAAGUCUUGGACGUUUUGUUGGAACGGUAUCCAGCUCUUCUUACUGACCGCAGUAGUAUAUUGUUGAAGAAUUUUGUAGAGCUUAUUUCUCACCAGCAGCUGUCAAAAAGAGUGAAAAGUAGAGAGAAACUGUCGUGGAUGCUGACUGUUAACCCGAAUCGCAAAGUAACUUCUCAGCAGUGGAGGCUGAAUGUACUUAUCAGGCUCAAGAAAUUCCUCCAAGCAGUAGUAGAUGGAUCUAGUGAAUUAGAAGAUGAAGGGCUCCAAGAACAAAAGGAUAGCCCUCAUUCUGUGAGGAGCCCCAUAUGUAUAAGCUGGAAGGUCCAUGCAAAUAAUCAGCAACACAUACAACUAUAUGAAAAUGGUGGCUUACGACCAAAGAUCAACUCAUCAUUUAGACUGAGGUCUCUGGCAAGUAUAAUGGACAGCGCAGAAAAAGGCCUGUCCUCUGCUGAAAACUUAAAAAGUUUUAUUGAGAUAAUAAUUCCGUUAUUGAUUGAGUGCUGGAUUGAAGCAUCUCCUGCACAAUCAGCUCCUAUCCUUGGAAAUCUUUUGGAAUCAGAUUCUCAGCAGCUUAUGCAGCAAGUGCUUAGUAUAAUACAUUUAUUGUGGAAACUCACAAAGCGGCACGAUGAAACAUACAAAAUGGAACUAUGGCUUCGAAUGAAUUACCUUGUUGAUUUCAAGCAUCACUUCAUGCGUCAUUUUCCUUAUUCUUUACAAGAAACAGUCAAGCACAAAAAGAAAGAUUCAUGCAAAGGCAACAAGUAUUGCAUGGCAUCCUCAAACAAUGUAGACCAUCUUUUACUGAACUUGACCUUAUGUGACAUAAUGGUUUCACUGGCAAGUGCUUCAACACUGCAGACAGAUUCUGGUUGGCUAGAUAUGAUAAGGAAAUUUGUGACAGAUACUCUUCAGGAUGGCAGCAGGUUGAAUAGCAAACAGGUGAACAGAUUGCUUGGUGUGACUUGGAGACUGAUGCAAAUACAGCAAAACAAAGUGGCAACAGAACCCUUGAUAAAAGCAGUGUAUACACUGUACCAGCAAAGGAAUCUUCUCUUUCCUGUUCGUACAUUACUUUUGAAAUUUUUUAGCAGAGUUUACCAAAAGGAAGAUUUGAGAGCUCAAAGAAUCAGAAGCCGAAGUAAAGUUUUAUCUCGUUGGUUGGCUGGCUUACCUCAGCAACUUGCUCUGCUUGGCUUGAGAAACCCUGAGCUUUCAAAUCAGCUGAUUGAUAUCAUUCAUUCUGCUGCUUCUCGUUCAAACAAGGAAUUAUUACAAAGUUUACAAGCCACUGCUGCUCGCAUUUAUGAUCCACUGGAUGGCACCCUGGUUCUUCUUCCAGCUGAGGCUCAGCGCCGGUUAGUGCAGCUGGUGUACUUCUUGCCAUGCCUGCCUGCAAGCUUGCUUGCUUGCCUAAGUCGCUGCUGUAUUAUGGGAAGGAUGUCUUCAGAGCUAGCAGCUACUCUUAUUGGGAUACUACACAUGAGAUCAUCCUUUGCGGGCUGGAAGUGCCAAGUGCAGGAUAAUUCAGUGAAUGAUGUGGACUAUUUCAGCUUCUUGUUUUCAACCCUUAUAGGGUUUUCAAGAGAGGAGUUGACUAGUCUUCAGGGCAUUAGAGGAAAGCCACACAUUAGCCAGACACAGCUUUCACCUGUCCGUCUUUACCUAACUGAUCUCGACCAGUUUUUACACCAUUGGGCUGUGACAGAGGUGUUCUUAGGCAUGCUGGGAAGUGGUCUGCUGGUCUAAACUGUCUUUGAUCUGGCUUCACAUUGUGGCUAUCCAAGAUGUUUGAUUCAUUAUUUUUCUGUUUUACUUGGUUCCUCUCUGUGCUCACGCAUGUGUGUCUUCAGAGCAAGUUGAAUAUUUGCUUCUUUGAAAAAGAGAAUACUUCACAGCGUGAUUAAGCUAGAAAUAAUAUGCAGAUUUUCACUGAAGAGUUGCUGAUAAAGUAUUUCCCCUGAGGAUUAAGAUGGUGAUAGGCUUUUUGAGUCGGGAAUCUAUCAUGUUAUUUUAUGGGAAGCGUUGAGUGAUUUGGGGAGUGGGAACAGUUAAAUAUAUGAAUAAAACUUUCCUCUUGGUUCAUCAUUGGUCAGCAUUCCUUUUGCCAUAAGGGCCUCGGAUUGAGAUUGGGAGUCCUCUGUUCCUCUUAACUUUGUCUUUUGGAGUCGAGAGCGUUUUACAGAUGGCCAAUAUAAACUGAUGGAUUCCUCUGAUUGUAUAGAGUUACAAAAGCUGGUUGUCAGCAACAAAAAUGCAUUUACCCAUCCAGUUGAAGAUGUGAGUAAAGCAGCAUGUGACUUGACCCAUCUUCCAAGAUCUGAUUAACAGGGUGGGGACAAUUGAAAUAAGGAACACUAACUUCCUGAGAAAAUGUUCCCGUGUCAGGCGGCCAAAUAAUCCUUUACUGUAUGCCCUUACUUUAGUAUCUGCACUUGCUUUUGGCUUUCGGACAGCUACCUUCCUGUCAAAAUCACAGUCCACUCCUUGGUGUUAGGAUCUCCAGAAAGCAAGAGGUGCUCCCAGCCUGCCUUUCCUGCCUUUCUUGUGUUUUAGCUGGCUAAUGUUGGCUUCCAUCUGAGUACUGCUGUACUAAGGCACGGAGGUUUGUGUAGUAAUGAUUGCCUGAAGCACCACUAGGGAACAUGCUCUUUUAAUUAUGCGGCUUGUUAAAUGAUAGGUAGUUGGCAUUGCCUGAUCAGUAAGGUUUGGUUUGAAAAAUUACCAGUAAAUUAUGAAGCCCGUAGUAUUUGCUGCAUAAUGGUAACAGUUAACCCCCGUAUGUAAGAGUAUCCUGUAGUCCAAAACCAAUCUAUGAAUGUGCCAAAAAUGUGAUAAAUGCUAAUCAAAUGUAAAAUAAUGAAUCAACUGUGACAUUGUAUCAUGGAAAUUAAACAUCAUGCAAACCCUUGCCUAAG